CUGAACUCUUAUAGACCAAAUGGAACGCCUGGUCCACUCGUUGAUGAAGUUACUCGAUUUCGCUCAUCGAUUUCUUCUUAUCAAGAUUCUCCUAAAACUGAUCAGUGGAUCUCAGCGCUAUCCGAUCGAGUCAGCUCGAAUGGCAUACAGUUGCGGAAACGGAAUUACAUGAAGAUUCACGGUCGUAUGUUAUGUGCUAGCUGUAUGAUGCCGGUUCCUGAGAACGAAACGGUACUGUUUCCGUUGUGA